AUGGAAAGGAGGAGAGUCGUCAACCUCCUCCUCCUCCUCCUCCUUGCAGCGCUGGCACUGCUGCUACGAACGAAUGGGGCCUCGAUCGGAAUGGAAAAUGACGCAGAAGAAGAAAAAGCACUCCAUUUGUCAAGGACAAAAGAUUCUUACAGUUUUUUGGAGGCUUCCUUAAACGCCCUAGAAGUUAACACCCCCCUUUCUCCAUACGAAAGAGUUAAGAGGAAUAUAUCACACGCAGAAGUGGGUUACAUUCACCAUGAGAUGAUUAAAAAAUUGAAAAUUGAAAAGCUAGGUAACAUCACUAACAUUCGAAAUGUCAUCUCUAGGUGUGUCUCGGAUUCGAUCCAACACACGAUGCGGGCCAUAACGAGUAUCCUCCAGGAAGUCCUAAGCUACAACGAAUUCUGCACGUCGCUGGAUCAGCACUUUUCAUACCUAUACGACGAGAACGUUACAUUCAAAAAAAUAGUAAAGUCCUGCACAACAGCAACGGAAGACGAGCUGAGGGAAAAUUAUUUAUCCCUAUAUGUGGAGGACUUUAAAUUAAUUUUACAAGCGUUAAAAAAACCACACAUUUCAUUCCACGAUUUUGAUGAUAUCUCAAAAUGCUUGGCUAAAUUUUAUCAAUCAUUUAUUUCCCCCUUUCAAGUGUAUGUCCCUGCCACAUCAUCAUACAAGAAAUUUAUUCUAGAGUACACAAACGCAAAAGGCAUUUUCAAAGAAGAAGAUUACGUUAAAGAGUUUCUUAAAACUUUCCACUCACGCAUGUCUACGGAAGAAAUCACUCUCUUCUUUGACGAUAUAUUCAGUUUAUACACACGUUCUUUUUCGUACGGCCGAUGCUUAUAUAAACAAAAAUGA